AUGGCGAAUCUUGCAAACACCAUAGAGGCAAAUGCUGCUGCGACUCUGCAAGCUGUACAAAGGUUAGGCCAACCGACUAGAAAUGGGAAUGGCGAUAGAAACGGGAAUGAUAAUGUUGAAGGAAAUGGUGAUAACAUGGGAGGUGCUCCGAUGACCUUAGCUACUUUUCUCAAGGUUCAUCCGCCAAGUUUCCGAGGUUCAACCAACCCUACAGAAGCGGAUAACUGGUUCCAGGCCAUAGAGCGCGCGCUGAAAGCACGGCAUGUCCCGAAUAAGCAGUAUGUGAAGUUUGCCGCGUACCAGCUUUUGGGAGAGGCUCAGCAUUGGUGGCAAGAAGAGUGUUUCUUGCUACAGCUUCAGAAUGCCAAUAUCCCUUGGGAUGUAUUCCAGACGGCCUUCUAUAAGAAGUACUUUCUUGAGUCUGCAAGGAAAGCGAAUGAGAUGGAACUUAUGCAGCUAAAUCAAGGUUUCUUAUCUGUGGCGGACUAUACUAGCCGAUUUGAGGAGCUCUGUAGGUUCUCUAGGGUGUGUCAGGGUGCCCCGGAGACCUAUGAAAGCUGGAAGUGUAUCAAGUAUCAAAGGGGCUUGAAGGAUAACAUCAUGACUGCUGUGGCUCCUUUGGAGAUUUGGAUUUUCUCUGAUCUGGUGAACAAGGCGAGAGUUGUUGAAGAAUAUGCGAAGACGGAAGCCUCGUCAAGGGAGACUCAUGGAGGAAAACUAGUAGGGGACGUGGCAAGUACUUUCAGCCGAGGGGGCAGAAUUUCAAGAGAGGAGGACAUGCGCCUCAAGGUCAAGGAGGCUUCAGAAAGAACACUUAUAAUCAGUUUCAGUAUGCCAAAGGAAGGGGGAAUCAGAGUAAGAUUUUUCCGGAUUUAA